AUGUCUAUCAAUGAUGAAAACCAUUCACUGACUUAUAUCCCAGUUAAACGUCAGCGUGGUUCAAUCUCGUUGAAUCCCAUAUCGAAGUUUCAACCCAAGAACCUCAAUACUCAAGAUACUUUCAAGUCAAUCACCAAUCCGACAGGUUUUUUACCCAUAUAUGACACAAAUAUUGAUAUUUCUAGUCAUGACAUAGUUUCAACACCUCGGAAACAUUCAAUUGAUUCGGGUGAUAUUUACUAUGAAGCUUCACCUGUUCACUAUGAUGAUAUCCAAUCCUUAAAGGCUACAAAAAUUAGUCCUUCGUUAGUAGAGCCAUUGAAAGCUACUGUUGAGGUGACAUUACAACCGAAAAUGGUUCCCUUAGCACCUUAUGAUUUUCCUUUGGACUUGAGUAAGGUUUUGGGAGAUAAAAUUCAUUAUACUGCUCCAUUUUGUAAUACGCCAGAACCAGCCUGGGAACAAAAAGGUGAGCAGACUGAGGAGGAUGUUGACGAAAGUGAACAAUCUUAUACCAUGCGUAUGUUAAGUAUCCUCCAGUACGAGAUCGAUCAGGAAAACCAACCUAAAUUCUCGUUCAAGAAAUUCUUCAAUUGGUUUAAUCAAGAUGAGUACUAUGAGUACUAUCCUUGGUCCAGAUUUGUCAAGCACAACGGAAACUAUCCUUUAUCAAUAGAAAACAUCGACAAGAUCAUUCCUGACAUCCAUGAGGAGUUUUUCUAG